AUGAUGAACUGCUGCGGUUUGCUGACUGACCAGAAUGAACCAGUCCCUCUGAAGAGCAUUGAGGUGGAGCUGGAGGUGAGGGACCAUGUGGCUACAGUGGUCUCCACUCUGAACUACCAGAACAAAGAGGACAAAUCCAUCGAGGCGGUUUUUGUCUUCCCUCUGCCUGGAGAUGCCGCUGUCUGUCAUUUCAGUGCCAAGAUGGGACAGAAGGAGAUUGUGGCUGAGGUGAAGGAGAAACAGGAGGCUCGUGAGGAGUAUGAUGAUGCUUUGAGCUCCGGUCAGCAGGCUUUCCUGCUGGAGGAGAGUGAUCAGAGUCCAGAUAUUUUCUCAAUGAGGGUGGGCUGUCUGCCUCCAGGAGAGAGCGCCUCCAUCAGGCUGGAGUACGUCACUGAGCUGGCAGUGCAGGCUGAUGAGGGGCUGAGGUUUUGUCUGCCUGCUGUGCUCAACCCUCGAUACACACCUCAGGGUAGUGAAGCUCCAGCCGUCCAGGUGAACUCUGUUCCAGCCUCUCUGGUUCCUUACAGUCUGUCUUUUUCUGCUCGAGUGUCCUCUCCUCGUCCCAUCUCUAAAGUGGAGUCCAGCUGUUCCCUGGAUCCUCUCCAGUUCCUGAACACAGACCAAACCCAGGCCACGGUGAAGCUGGGUGCAGGACACAAGUUUGACAGAGAUUUUGAAGUGCUGAUAUAUUACAAAGAUGCCCACCAGCCCACUGCUGUGGUGGAAGCAGGACAGGCCUCUGCAAAACCUGGCACUCUGAUGGGUGAUCCAGUGGUGAUGGUGAGCCUGUUCCCUGAGUUUCCUCAGUCUGUCAUGUCUUCAGUGACUUCCUGUGGAGAGUUUGUGUUCCUCGUGGAUCGAUCUGGAAGUAUGGAGGAUCCAAUUAACAAGGACAGAAAUCAGACUCGCAUAAGCAGUGCAAGGGAAACGCUGCUGCUGCUGUUGAAGAGUCUACCAAUGGGCUGCUAUUUCAACAUCUAUAGUUUUGGAUCCAGCUUUGAGCACAUCUUCCCUAAAAGUGUGGAGUACAGUCAGCAGACCAUGGAGGAGGCCCUGAAGAUAGUUGGGACGAUGGAGGCAGAUCUGGGAGGAACACAAAUUCUGAAGGCUCUCAAGCAUAUUUAUGAGCAGCCCUGCAUUCCCAGGCAGCCCAGACAACUGUUUGUCUUCACUGAUGGAGAGAUGGGAAACCCCAAAGAAGUCAUUGGUCUGGUUAAGAAGAAUUCAGGCUCUCACAGGUGUUUCGCCUUCGGGAUCGGGGAAGGAGCCAGCUCUGCUCUCAUCAAUGGGUUGGCCGAAGAGGGAGGGGGUCACGCUCAGUUCAUCACAGGAAGUGACAGGAUGCAGCCAAAGGUGAUGCAGUCGCUGCGGUUCGCUCUGCAGCCGGCUGUGGUGGACAUUUCCAUCACAUGGGAUUUACCAAAGGACAUGUCUGUCACUGUCCUCUCUCCACCAAUCACAGAACUUUUCCAGGGUCAGCGGUCGCUGGUUUACGGCCAACUCAGUGGACAGAGCUCCGAGGCUGCAGAGGGCUGUGUGACGGUGAAGUACAGCCUGGCAGGUCAUCCCACUCAUAAGCAGCUGCAACUCAGCCUGAAACCAGAAGAAGAUACUGGGUUAACAGUCCACAGGCUGGGAGCUCGGACUCUGAUUCGCUCUCUGGAGAUGGAGGGAAGAGAGAGCAGAGGGGAGCAGCACACAGGAGUGAAGGAGAAGGUGGUGGCUCUCAGCAUCCAAUCAGGAGUGAGCAGUUGUUUCACGGCCUUCAUUGCUGUCAACAAAGGUGAAGGCGAGGCGAUCCAAGGGCCUUUGGUGCGUCGAAAUGUUCCAGCACCUGGUGCAGCAGUGAUCACCUAUGAGAGCACAGACCCCUCCCUUCUCAGCAAGAAGGAGGUCCAGGGCCACCCUGUUCUGCAGGCCCAUGACACGCUCGGCCUUUUGCUCAUCUGUGAGGAGAUCAAAACCUUCAGUGACGAGACCGAACGCCUGCCCCCACCCUAUGCGUCUCUUGUCCUCCGGAACUGCAACAGCCCGCUUCCGGAGACGGCGGACACCAGGGAUAUCAGCAGCAGAGGAAUGCACAGUCACAGCAGGAAUCAAAUGGGCCAGAUAGCAGGUAGCUCGCUCUGCUACCUUUACGGCAGUGUGAGUCACCAGCAGGACUUGGAACGGACCGAGCCACCGUCUGGCUUUCCAGUGCUUCCUGCAGAAGUCCUUCACCAGGAUCCUGUCCCCUGGGUUCAGUCGGUGUAG